UCGGAACACGCGAACUUCCCCGUGGCGUGAGGGUGCGAGUGCCAAGCGAGGUGCCAAAGGGUACGACCUCACUGGGCAUCCUUGUGACACAGUAGUGACGUGUCCGUGCCCUAGAAACGCUCAGAACUGAUACCUCGGGGCCAUGGCGCACGUGAGACUAAAAUUGUGUGUGGUAAUACUGGGCAUUUGCUGGUCAUUACUGCUGGUGUAUGUGAUGUCCUCCUUGAAAUGGCAACCAGGAGAUAUUAAUGCUGCUCAGCACAUGGCACAAGCAGGGGAAAAGGCAAACAUUCCCAUGGCAAGAGCUGCAAAAAGUAAAAUGUUGAUCAAGGAGAUAUUAGAUGCAAUAAAGUUAAGCAAUAACAACAAGACAAAAAGCAUUAAUACAACAUCACUGAGAGACCUAGUUGUACCCACUAAAAGGAAUGAAACAAAAAAAUCAGGAUCUGCCAUUAAUGUGGUAGUUUCAGGGGAUGAAGAGACCUUACUGGGAGUAAUGGCAGUGAUCAACAGCGUCGUUGCAAAUACAAAGUCCGCUGUCCACUUUUAUGUCACUCUGCCAAAGAUUGUUAUUCCGGACUUCAGGAAAUGGAUACUGAAAACAAAACUCCACAAAAUAAACUACACCCUCCGGCCGCAUUCGCCAGAAAUGCCAAAAGGGAAGCCGCACUUUGCCAAGAUCUAUCUCUUCUCGAUAUUCCCCGAAUUGGAGGGCAAAUUUGUGUACCUGGACUCCGAUGUUAUUGUACAGGGUAACAUUAAGGAGCUGAAUAAUGUCCCGUUGGAUGAGAAUCACCUCGGAGCCUUCUCUGAGGAUUGCACUUCAGUAUCCAAGCGCUUCAACAUGGCAAAACCACGCUACUCAACGCAUAUAAACCUCCAACACCCAAAACUCAAAGGAAACAAAAUCAAACCUAUAGCAUGCACAUUCAACACCAAUGUGUUUGUAGCUAAUAUGACCAAGUGGAAGGUAGAAAAUGUUACCAUGCAGUUGUUGGAUUGGGUGAUGAGUAGUAGUAGAAGACAACCUAUCUAUGGACAGGAACCUGAAACGGAUGAAGCAGAAGCAGCAAUGUUAAUUGUCCUUUAUCACAAGACAGUUCAGUUACCACAUCUUUGGCAUGUCGGUGACUUGGGUGUUACAGCAGGAGCCAGUUACUCCAGAGACUUUAUUGCCACAGCUAAAUUGCUACACUGGAAUGGCCACUUCAAGCCCUGGGCUCGAAGAGCAGCAUUUAUUGAGGUGUGGAUGAAAUACUACAUACCUGACCCAGACAAGAAAUAUAAGCCAAUUCGGAAAUACCUGUAGAGAGUUUAGGGUAUUAUAGUUGAUCUGAUUUUAAGAAGAAUCGAUUAUUAUAAAUCUAUGUAGGUUAGAAGAAAGCUAAUAUCACCUGAUUCAAAAGUUAUAAUCUGAUUAUGAUAUACUUAUAUAUUUUAGAAUAUAUGGAGUGAUAUAUAUAUGUAUAUAUAUAUAUAUAUAUAUAUAUAUAUAUAUAUAUAUAUAUAUAUAUAUAUAUAUAUAUAUUCUGGUGCAAUAUGUGAAAGGCAGCUUAGUAUGCAAGCUUGGAAGAGGUUAAAUUUAUUUGCACACGUUUUAGUGGCUCGACUAACCAGCUUGUGAGACGCAGUGCGUUAAAUGUAGGUUGCAAAACUGAUUAAAUAGCUUUCCUUGGUCUUGAAGGUACAAGGUCAUGGAGGGGCUUGAUCUCAGAGAUAUUUUUCCUUUCUUUUACUUCUGCAAUUGGCAUGCUUGUUUCAUUUACUUCUAUUAAUUGUGAAUUCCUGCUUAAAGAUUGGUAUACAUUUACUGGAGGAUGUCCACUUUUUAGAAUUGUGUGACCUGCAGGGAGUUGAUAUGCUGUACUUUAUGUUUUAAAAAAUAAUUCAUUACUUUUUUGUGAGGGAUACUAAAAUGACCUUGAAAUAGCAGGUAUGUGUCAAGUGAUGGUGCUUUCAAAACUGGAGAUUUUUCCAUUCCAUAAAGUCUUAAGGUAAAGUUCAUGUCAUGUCAUGAAAUUUGGGUUAAUUACCAAGUUCAGUUUAUACUUUGUUUUAUCUGGAGAAAAGGACUCAUAAUGAAGGUGCUAAUCUAAAAUGUCCAUUAUAAUCCAUGUUAUUCUUUCUAUUAUCUGGUCAACUACAUCAUUCCUUUGAGAGAUUUGUGCAGUUUUGUGCACUUUUGCAGCAAAUCAAUUCCAGAAUAUUAAUGAUAGAUUAUGUAUGUAAGCCUAAGUGAAUAUUGCAUUGUUAUAUUAUUAGAUGUAAGGAAACAGUUACAUGAACCAUUAAAAGGAUACAUUCUAUUUUUUGUAUAGAAUUUGUAAUAUUACAACAUUAAGAUGGUAAUGAACAUUGUUAAUUUAUUAAUGAAUGGUAAUUUAAUAAUGAAUGUUGUUUAUUUCUUUGUUAUCUUUGAUAUUGUGAAUUUAACAUUGUGAGUUUUACACUUUUUCUAAGAGAAAAUGCCGUAAUGACUGUAAGGUAAUUGAACAUUAGAAACAUGUCUAAUAUGCAUGUUUCUACAGAUAUCCACAUCCUUGAUUAUAAUAUACAUUCAGAUUUUUAAACGAAAUACAUAUUGGUUGUCCCAGAUCUCUAAGUAGCUUGAUUUAUUUGUCUUGAUUGCCAAGAUUAUACAGUGAACUAUGGUGCUCAGAACCCACGUAGUAUUAAAUGUAUAUGUGUUUUUUGCUUUAAGGCACAAUUCUUCAAUUGGUGUUACCCAGUUGAUAAACUUACCCAUGAGGUUAUAAUAUUUGAAUUUUUCAGUUGUCUAGUCAUAUCUAGAUCUUGCUUUAAAAUGAAAUUUAAAAGUUUUAAAGGAAACUUUACAUAUUUACCUGUAAAUACAUUAUACAUUUAUUUUCUUAAACAUUGACUGCAUAUACACAUGAUUUUUAAGUCAAGGGGAUAUAUGAAGUAAAAUGAUGAGUAUUUUGUAGGAUCAUUUCAGUUUGAGCAUUUAUCAUUAUUUGAAAGCUGAAACCAUUUCAAAUUCUGUUUCAAAAUACAAUAUUAUGUUCAGAAAUACUAGGAUAGAUUCAUACAGGCAGCAUCUUUUUCGAGUUCAAACAAUAUAAAAUUCAGUAAAAAUGAUGAAAGAGACAUAUCUAACUUGAAAAGAAGGCAUCAAGACACUAUUGUAGAUUUAGAUGAGAUUAUAUAUAUGUGCAAUAUUGUAUACUGUGCAAUAUUGUAUACUGUGCAAUAUUGUAUACUGUGCAACUGUACUGGAGAUUUUUCUUGAUACUCGUAUGCGUGAUGUAUGCUAAAGGAAGUUUAUUGGAUAAAUCCCAUUUUUUUAUGUGUUAAAUUGUCUUUUUUUACACUUUAAUGUUUGUUUGUGUGGUAUGCAAGUGUUCUGUAAAAAAAAUUGUCAUAUUUAGUAUUCUUUUCUUUUUAUCUUUCCCUUUUUAUUACUAUUUUACAACAACUUGCAUAUGCUUAAUAAAAUUAUUUUGCAUUUUU